AUGUUGGUCCCCCAGACGGUAAAGAACAUCCCUCGACUGUAUUUCACACCAAAAUCCAUCCACCCAGUCAUCAGCCAAUUCUCUCGGCGCUUUUACGAGAACCUGCAAGCCUUUCCAUUUCUUCACAAUGUGAUUCUGGAUUCUGGCGUCCGUGAACGUUGGCAAGGGGUGUAUGCUAGCCCAGAUCUCUGGCUGUUUGAAGUCUUCCAAGCAGAAGAAGCCUGGAACUGGAAGUCUGGGGAGUGGAGCCGGCGCUCCGAAGCGUUCCUUCAUAGCUUGCGAAUACAGGCUGUUCAACGGACAAAUCUUGAUCCAUCCUUCAACGUGACGAGCAAAGUUCCGACUUGA